UCAAUGCCCGAGUCCGCAGCUCUGCGCUGAUUUCGUGGCGCUUUUUUCUAAACUUUUUUUUUCUUUAAGACAUUUGAAACCAAACCAUGGGUUUCGAGUUGGAGCGCUUCAGCGGCGCCGUGGACCCGGACCUGAAGUGCAACCUCUGCCACAAAGUUCUGGAGGAGCCUCUGACAACGCCGUGCGGCCACGUCUUCUGCGCGUCGUGCGUGUUGCCGUGGGUGGCGCAGCAGCGCAGCUGUCCGGCGCAGUGCCGGCGACGCGUGUCGGCCCAGGAGCUGCACCACGUGCCGCCGCUCAAGAGUCUCGUGCUCAAGCUGGACAUCCGCUGCGAGCAUCACGCGCGGGGCUGCCGUCAAGUCGUCAAGCUCCAGCAGCUCGCCGAGCACGCGGAGACGUGUGAUUUCGCCCCGGCGCGCUGCCGCAACGAGGGCUGCGGCCAGGUGCUCAACCUCAAGGACGUGCACUUGCAUAUGCGCGACGCCUGCGAGUACCGUCCAGCCGGCGUCUGCGAGCAGGGCUGCGGGCUCGCUCUCACGCACCGAGAGCGCUAUCUGGACGGCCACUGCUGCGUGCGCUCGCUCAAGGCGCACAGCGGCGCGCUGCGGGCCAAAGUCACCACCCUGGAGAAGGAGUGUAAAAAGCAGGCGAUACGCGCGAGCAAGCGGGAGAAGUCACUGCUGGCGCAACUUUCUGCCGUGCACAGCGAGCUGCAGAUCACCGCGAUGCGCUACCAGAAAAAGUUCACCGAGUACAGCGCGCGCAUCGACUCGCUCACCAAAAGCUUUGCGCCGCCAGUUAAGGGUGGAGAGAGCAAAAGUGUUACUGUUGUGCUUCACAGAGAGUCUGGAACGUUGGGCUUUAACAUUGUUGGAGGGAGACCAUGUGUGGAUAAUGAAGAUGGAACAUCAAAUGAAGGUAUCUUUGUAUCAAAGAUUGUGGAGCAUGGACCAGUGGAUAAAGAAGGAGGGCUUCAGAUCCAUGAUCGAAUAAUAGAGGUGAAUGGCAAAGACCUUUCCAGCGCUACUCAUGAGCAGGCAGUAGAGGCCUUCCGCACAGCCAAAGAGCCCAUCAUGGUGCAGGUGUUGCGCAGGACACCGAGGCCCAAACCUGCAGGACCUGAAGGGGACGCACAGCUGCUGGACAUCAGUACGCAGACAGACAUCACCUUCCAGCAUAUUAUGGCCCUUAGCAAACUGCCUGCCUCGGCGUCUCCUGUACUGGAUCAGUACGUUCUACCUGAAGGACACUCUCCCGGGCAUGAGUAUUUCGACCCAAAUGAUUACCUAGAGACCAUGCAACAAGAUAUGGAAAGAGAGGAACUGGAGUAUGAGGAAGUGGAUUUGUACAGGACGAACAUCCAGGACAAGCUGGGCUUGACUGUGUGCUAUCGGACCGAUGACGAGGAUGAAACUGGGAUAUACGUCAGUGAGAUUGAUCCAAACAGCAUUGCUGCAAGAGAUGGACGAAUCAGGGAAGGGGACAGAAUUAUCCAGAUCAAUGGUAUAGAGGUGCAGAAUAGGGAGGAGGCGGUGGCUCUGCUAACGAGUGAAGAGAACCAGAACGUAUGUCUGCUGGUGGCUCGGCCAGAGAUACAACUUGAUGAUGGGUGGAUGGAAGAUGACAGAAAUGAUUUCCUGGAUGAUCUGCACAUGGACAUGCUCGAGCAGCAGCAUCAUCAGGCCAUGCAAUUCACUGCCAGCAUGCUCCAGCAGAAGAAGACUGUGGAUGAUGGAGGCAUGAUGGACACAGGAACACUGCUCUCGCAGCAGCAUGAGAAGGACAGUGGUGUGGGACGCACGGACGAAAGCACCCGCAAUGAUGAGAGCUCGGAGCAGGAGAACCUCUGCGAUGACCAGACUAGCGCUUAUACAACUCUGGGCAGUCGCAGGCGUCUGGCAUACAGUCAGGACACACUGGGAAGCAGUGACCUUCCCUUUAGCAACGAGUCCUUCAUGUCAGCUGACUACACCGAUGCAGACUUCCUGGGAGACUUCCCAGCUGAUGAGUGUGAGCACUUCAGGGAGCUUUUGGAGCUCAAAUGCCAGGGGAGAAGUGGGGUGGGCUUGGGCAUAAGUUGGCCGAGUUUUGGCUUAGACGGAGGACAAGGAUUCAGCAGUGCAGGAGAUGAUGUAGUGGACAAGGAGCUGGAGCUUCUUAACGCAGAGCUGCGUAACAUCGAACUAGAAUGCCUGAGCAUUGUGCGGGCGCACCGCACACAGCAAUUGCGUGAACAACCCUGGAUGUUGCACAACAGCGGGUUCCGCAACUACAACACAAGCGUGGAUGCACGGCGCCAUGAGCUGACCGAUAUCAGCGAGCUGCCCGAGAAGUCAGACAAGGACAGCUCAAGUGCUUAUAAUACAGGGGAGAGCUGCCGUAGCACACCACUUACCCUUGAGCUCUCACCAGACAACUCUUUACGCCGAGCCAACGAAGGGCUUGCAGAAGCCAGUGCAGGGGGUACUGUGACUGGCCCCAACACCAGAGUCUUAAGGCCUCUACUAUCACCUGUCCAAGAGGCUUCUGGCUCAAGCAGGAGCCACGCUGCUUCUCCCAAAGAGCCUGAUACUAACCACCAUUCCGAAUCCAAAGAACGCAAGCCGAGUCGCCUCAGCCAUCCCCACUCACCCUACAAACACGCCCACAUCCCAGCACAUGCUCAGCAUUAUCAAAGCUACAUGCACCUGAUUCAGCAAAAGUCAGCUGUGGAGUACGCACAGAGCCAGAUGAGUCUUGCCAGCAUUUGUCGGGAUCCGGUAUCUGUCGAGCCCAAAGCAGAGUGGAAGGUGAAGAUCCGCAGCGACGGUACUCGGUACAUCACCAAAAGGCCAGCACGUGACCGCCUGUUGAAGGAGCGCGCCCUGCGCAUUCGAGAGGAACGUAGUGGCGGUAUGACCACGGACGAUGAUGCAGCCAGUGAGCUCAAGAUGGGCCGCUAUUGGAGCAAGGAGGAACGUAAGCAACAUGCCGUACGUGCCAAGGAACAGCGUCAACGACGCGAGUUCAUGAAGCAGAGCCGCACAGAUUGGCUGAAGGAGCAGAGCGGAAGUGGCGCUGAUGACAAAAAGGAGGUAAACAUCAUUGAACUGAGUCACAAAAAAAUGAUGAAGAAGCGCAACAAGAAGAUCUUUGAUAACUGGAUGACCAUCCAGGAACUACUCACACAUGGUGCAAGGUCUCCAGACGGGACGCGAGUGUACAACUCGCUGCUGUCGGUGACCACAGUGUGAACUGGUGGCUCUAGCUUCUGUACAUAGGACACUACCGAUUGGGGUAGAGUAUCCUGCCUCGUUCAAUGCGGCAAUGUUUGUACUGUAAAUAAGGAAGUAGAAUCCAUGUUUGAAGGGGUUUCAUGAUGAGGAGUAAAGAGAAGGUACGAUGAGGGUUAGAGAGGAUGGACUAGACGGAGAAAAAAAUUACGCAAAUGGUUUUGCAUAAUACUUUCUACAUUGUGCUUGAUUUUGGAAUGAUUAUAAAGGAACUUUUUCUUAACAUUUGGGCCUUUCUAAAAGAUUUCUGAAAACAGUUUAAAGACCACUUGCCAUAAAACAACCACCAGCAACAGUUUUACAAGCAGUAUUUUACUUAUCGUACAUACAUUUUGCUUAUUUAAAGUAAUAUAACAUAUUUAGCUUCAUGACCGACACAAUACUUUGGGAGUACAUUGUUACAUUUUGUUUUCUCCAACAAAACUACAAACAACAUGUAUUAAAUAUUUUAAUGGUGCUGUUUAAAACUAUUGCAUUAUAAACCGUUUGUUGUAUUCUGUUACAGCUGUUAAAUAGGUUAAGAUAACUUAAAGUGCAUACCUCUGAAAGCAAGUUCUCCUUUUGUUAAUUUGAUAAAUGGAAAAUAAGUUUGCAUUGUAAAGGUACAUUCUGUGUUUUUUUUUUUUAAAUAUACUGAAGACCUAGUCACUGAUCUCAUGAAAUAAUCAUUUUUAAGUACAGUUCUGCAAAUGCACCUUUCAAUUUUUUUAUUUCUUUGGGUGCAUUAUCAUUGUGCAAAAAACUUUAAAAAGGAUUUAUACUAUAUGUACAUACCAUUAAGGAUGUAAACAGAUUGGUUUUAAACAAAUUCAUUGUCAGACUUUUCCCUUUACAACAUGCUUUAUGGUCAAAUAAAUAAAUAAAUGAAAUAAAA